AUGGAUGUUUCUGAUCUUGGUUGUGCUUCUCUUGUGAAAUCGAUACUUUGCUCGAGAUGUGAUCAGUUUUCUGCAGAGCUAUAUAGGAUUGAAUCAGUACGUCGUAAAGUUCCCAUUCUCUGCAACUCAACCGUUUCACCAAACUCAAGACAGUACAAACAUGGUGGAGUUGACUUUUGUUCCAAGGUCUGGGAUGAAUGCCAAAAUGUGUCUCUAUUAAAUUCUCCAUUUUCAAUGCAAGUUAGAGGUGGAACACCAUCUAAUUCUACUUCCAAGCUGAGUGAUAUAUGGCAGUCAAAAAAUGAUUUCUGUAACACAUUUGGUGGAUCCUCAGAAAGUGAGUUGUUCUGUUUUGACGGCGGACCUGUGUUGCUAAACAAUUCUGAAAUUCCAACUCCCCCAAGUGGUAUGUGCCUUGAAAAAAUUGGAAAUGGAUCUUAUCUUAACAUGGUAGCUCAUCCUGAUGGAUCAAAUCGUGUCUUCUUAUCUGACCAACCGGGUAAAGUAUGGAUGGCAACUGUUCCUGAGGAGGGAUCAGGAGAAAUGUUGGUGAUUGAUAAAUCAAAUCCAUUUCUUGAUUUAACUGAUGAAGUGUAUGCUGAUACUGAGUUUGGAAUGAUGGGAUUAGCAUUUCAUCCUAACUAUGUGCAAAAUGGCCGUUUCUUUGCUUCAUUCAACUGUGACAAGGUUAAGUGGCCAGAAUGUUCAGGUAGAUGUUCAUGUAACUCAGAUGUGGGAUGUGAUCCUUCAAAGCUGGGUUCUGAUAAUGGUGCCCAGCCAUGCCAGUAUCACAGUAUCAUAGCAGAGUUCACUGCAAAUGGUACCACGUCGCAACCUUCCUCGGUUACUAGUGUAAAACCACUGGAAGUCAGAAGAAUUUUCACUAUGGGCCUUCCAUUUACUUCCCAUCAUGCAGGUCAAAUUUUGUUUGGACCUAAAGAUGGGUUUCUGUACUUCAUGAUGGGAGAUGGUGGGAGCAUAGGCGACCCAUACAAUUUUUCACAAAACAAGAAAUCCUUGCUUGGAAAGAUUAUGAGGCUUGACAUAGAUAACUUGCCAAGUGCAAUGACAAUUACCGACCUUGGCCUGUGGGGAAAUUACUCUGUUCCUGGAGAUAAUCCAUUUUCUGAAGAUAAGGAAUUGCAGCCUGAAAUUUGGGCUUUGGGAUUUAGAAAUCCUUGGCGAUGUAGUUUUGAUCUCGAAAGGCCUUCCUACUUCCUUUGUGCAGAUGUUGGUCAGGAUCAAUAUGAAGAGGUUGAUAUAAUCACCAAGGGUGGAAACUAUGGAUGGCGUAUCUAUGAGGGUCCUUCUCCAUACAAUCCCCAAUCUCCAGGAGGAAAUACAUCUGCCACCUCCAUUAACCCAAUUUUCCCUGUAAUGGGAUACAACCACUCUGAUGUGAACAAGGCUGAAGGAUCUGCUUCCAUCACAGGCGGUUACUUUUACCGAUCCACAACAGAUCCAUGCAUGCAUGGAAGAUAUCUUUAUGCAGAUUUGUUUGCUGGCGGUAUAUGGACUGGCAUAGAAACUCCUGAAGACAGCGGAAACUUCACGAGCACUAAAAUUCCGGUGAGUUGUGCUCUGGACUCUCCUAUCCAGUGCAGUGCUGAGGCAGGAAGUUCUCUCCCUGCACUGGGGUUCAUAUUCUCCUUUGGACAGGAUAACAGAAAGGACAUCUUUAUCCUGGCCAAUUCCGGUUUGUAUAGAGUUGUUAGGCCUAGUCGCUGCAACUACACUUGCUCCAAAGAGAUCGUUACAUCCUCUUCCCAUCCAAAAUCUGUUCCUUCUCCUGCUCCUUCCGCUUCAUGCACAAGAAGGCAGUUGAACAAUCCAUUUGUACCGGAGCUGCUCAUCUUCUUCUCUACAUUUUUUGGCUUUUUCUUGUAA